UAACGUGUGAUCUUGAACACUCAAUACUUUAGCUCUUCCUUCUCUGCUUAGUACUGGGAUUAAAAUAAACGAGACGGCAUCGUUCUGGCCCGAGUAUUACACCUGCAACACUAAACAUCUUCUCAACAGCUGCAGAAAAAGCAGACCUCAUGAACAAUCAGAACAAUGUACCCAACAACAACAAUAUAAACCCAGGGCCACCAGGUGGAGGUGGAAGCGGAUGGAACUGGGUUCAAAUAGCAGGUGGCGUACUGCUUGGUUUUGUCCUUGAUAGGAUCAUCGUUGGUGUAUUCCAGAGAAAUAUCAAAGGAACUUUGGACAAGGAUAAGGAAGAAAGGCUUAACCUCCAUAAAGCUUUGAAUCUCAAGAACUCCCAACUAAUGGAGGAGCUCAAGAAAAAUAAGCGGCUUCAGGAGCAGCACAAGCAGCUGCAGAGGAAGCACGAGCAACUGGAAGAGAAGCACGAGCAGCUGCAGAAGCAAAACAACAUGCUAGAGAAAAGCAUACCACAGCUGGAAGAGUACUACAAGGAGAAGGAGAAGAAGAAGAGCAUGGUGACAACCCUACACCAGGUUCAGAAUGAGGUUGAGCAGAUAGAUCAGAGAGCCAAGCUUCUCCUAGCCAAAGUUGAGCCCCAGCUGCAAAAAAGGCAGGUAAUAAUGUGUACCAGGCCUGACCUCUGGCAGGAAGUGUUUCAGAUCCAGAAGGACCUGCUGGACAUGGUUGCCAAUGACCCCAUGGAGCCAAAGCUGAACUUAAAGGAGGCUCUUGACAACAUUUUUCAUUAUGAGAAUUACUGUGUAAACCCUGAUAACCCGAGGGACGCUAGAAAUGGGAGACUGAUGUGGCUCUAUCUCGAGUACUGGAAGCAGCAGAUCACCCUGCAGAAACACAAGAAGAUAGAAGAGGUGCUGAAAGGUGCUAUACCUAAUGACCGUAAUUAUUAAUGAACUGGCUCUUUGAUACAAGGUACAUUAGUCUGUGCACAUGUCCUCCAGUCUCUGCCACAGUGUAGUUAGUGAUCAGGGACAGCAGAGUUUGUGAAAUAUCCAAAAACAAAACAGAUCAGAUUUUGUGAACUUUUUAAAUUGUGAUACUGUGCAAAGGUCCUGGACAAUGGGUCCUGAACAGCCAAAUAGUAAAUCAGUAUAUUUAUAAGUUAGUACAAAAGCUUUAAGGUAAAUCCUAAUGCCUUUUGUCUCACAUGGUGAGGUAUGCGGUUAAUUAAUUCAAUUAUCUUAUUGGAAUUGUACUGGGUGUCAAUAUGCAAUCUUAAGUUUAUGUAUUGGUAUUAUGUAUUGGAUUGGUGCACCCCUAAUUUAUGCAUGUUUUUUUUAUAUAUAUAUCUAGAUAAUGACUGUUCCGUGAAGCUGAAUUUUAUCUAGAUAUCUUGUUAUCUGUAAUGCUGUAAUUUGUGUUUUUUAAUUUUGAAAUACUCUAAGGGUCUAAGUCUGUUUUUUAGAUAAGAGGAUUUUUUUUUAUGUCUGCUAUGAAUUAUGUGGUCUGAACACUAAUGAAUAGUUAUUAAAGGUUUGG